AUGGACUCUACGCCGCAAGUGAUCCGUCUCCUAUUUGAAAUGCACAAGGUCUUUCUCUCAUCCCAAGCCUCUAUUCACAAUCGAGCAUCUAAUACCCACUUUGAUCCCAUUCAAGCAUCGCAGGACUAUCUCUCUGUGUUUGACGAACUCGUAAAGGCUUUGAAGGUAUCGAACUUGAACAUUACCUAUGACUUGCUCUUCUUACGAUCUAUUUGGGCCCUUCUCGAGAUGUUCUAUCUUCGAAUAUACAAACACGCAACGCUGGCAAGAGCUACUGCCACAGAAGGAAUAUUAAGCAUUCUUAGGAACUUUAUCAAAGCGUUAGCUGACCUGGAUGGGGCUGCACUUCAGAGGCAGCCCCAUUUGGCUCCAGAAACACGAUUCAAGCUUGAUUUACUGCUAGGCAAUACUGAGGAUAUACAAGGCUAUCUGGCAAGUAAUCAUGAUCCGCUUAGCAUACAGAUAGCUAACCUCUUGAAUGGUAUAUCACAACCUAAGCAAGGAAAGCCAGGAGCGGAUAAGCUUGCUCAGGCCGGUGGAAAAAAGUCUGAACUCCAGCAGAUCAUAGAUAUGCUCUCUGGAAAUAUACAACCACUAGAAUUCCUGGGGCAUUUAACAAUCGCACAAAUUGGAGAUGAUCAAGAGCUAAGACCCUUGAUAAGAAAGCUUUCAUACUUUGUAAAGCAAUCUGAUGCAAAUAACUCAUCUCUUAUAGCGCCAAUUACAUCCAAUGCUCUCGUCUACCUUUGCUUCCUUAUAAUUAUAGAGGUACAGUAUGGAAAAAUAAAGCAGAAAAGACAAGAUACUUAUGUAGAAGAUCUCCGGCUGCUAUUUGAGAUACUUUUGAAAUCAGUCAAAUUCUCGCAUACUUAUGGCCCAUAUGUUACUGCUUUCUUGGUAACUCUACAAAGUAUCCUGUCAUUUUCUUCGAUUGCUUUAUUUAAACAGCCGAAUAAAGAACAUACACAGGAGGCCUUCAUGAGUAUUGCCCUACAAUCUACACCGUGGUCCUUCUCUACUCUUUGCGGGAUGAACUCGUUGAAAAAGCCACUUCUGUUGAUGAUUUAUGCACAUAUCAUGGACCUCAUUUCAACUGCUGACCACAUUUUCCAGUCAGCCCGUGUUGCUGCCAUAAUGAGCUAUGCGGAGUGCCUUAGUGAGAUACGCGUGUUGGUAGAUGUCUCUGGGGCCCAAAAAACACUGUCAAUCGAUACUACAAGUACUGGGAUAUGGAAGCUCGCCAUAGAUUACUAUCGUUGGACCCUUCCAAGUAACGCAGACCUAGUCUCAAAAAAUAAUAUUUCUCACAGAAUUCAGCAAGCACUGUAUUCAAAAAUUGCAUCGGCAGAGGACGUAACCGAGAUCAUAGAGCUACUACACCUUGUAUCCCGAUUGGAACUAGGACCAGAGAUGGAGCUGCUGGUCAAGAAGGGGGCUGCACAAAUGCUGGAGCGAAGAAACCUCAUACAAGAUGCUGCUUUGUGGUACAAACGCGCAGGAAAGAUGGAUGAGUUGAAAAGAUUGGUUACCAGGGCUCUCAAGGAGGCCAUACGAGUGGCUAUGGAGGAAAUAAACGGAGAAAGCGCUAGUUCGCUAUUUGCUGCAAUUGAAGCCAUGAUCUCGGACGUGGAUAUGGCCGAUCAUGAAAUUGUAGAGGACAUUGCACUGGCAAAGAAUAUAAAGCUCUUCAGAGAGCAUAUAAUAACCGCGCGCCAGAGCAUUGAUAAAAGGCACCAGCAUGCUAAAGAGAUUCAGGCAUUGUCAUAUGAGCUUGUGAGCUCCCCGAGUUUCUUCCUCAACGUAGUACCGGCCGUCGUUUCUGACGCUUGCUCAGAUGAAAUGGGAACUCAUAUUAGUGCCGUCCAAUUUGAGGAGUUGUCUCUAGGUUUCCAGCGCUCUCUAACAUACUAUAAUGCGGAGGCAUAUCUACCUCAGAGUCAACUUGGGUUACGCAACAUUGCCGCGACCCAAUAUGAAAUAUGCUCUAGACUUGCAGAAGUAUAUAUGAUGAGCACGGAGAAGUUGAGUUGA